GCGACUGCGCUGAAGAGAGGAGUUGAGUUCUCACAGUGUUUUUGACAGCAGUUUGGAGCGCUAGGGAUAUCACUGGGACAUUAGAGAAGAGGCUACAACACAACAGGGUCCGUAAGGAGCACAUGGUACGUACUAUAGGAAAGCUUUAGAACGAUCUACUGAAGGAAAGCCUUUUGUACAGCAACAUGGCUGUUUUUACCAGGUGUUUCCUUGUUUCCUGUUAGCCAGAGGUUACUUACUAGAGAGUGACUUGUUUCCGCAGUGUUGAUAGAGCUUUAGCUCUGUGUACGCUAAGUAAGUUAUUAGCUGAUAAUACUGUGUUAGUACACAAGACAUGGGAUUUAGUAGUACAGAGAAGAUGAAUGUUGUUUAGUCUGGCCUCUUUUAAUGUGGGGAUUUAAGAGGUGGUUGUUUAGUUUAGUUUGUUGAUGUUAACAGGUUUUAGUAUGCUCCUGUCUGUGUGUAUUUGUGCGUGUUUGCGUUUGUGUUUGUGUGUGUGUGUCUGUGUGUGUGUCUGUGUAUGUGUCUGUGUGUUCAUGUGUGUCCCUUGCUAAUUUUUUUCUUUUUCUUUUAUAGUAUUCAAUUUCACUCCAGAUACAAACUUAUACAUACAAACAACAACUUACAGACACAAACAUUGACAACAUCUCCUCUGCCCAGACCAACAUGCUCACACCCCCAUCCCUAGUACCUGCAUUAUUGUUUGCCACGGCCUUAAAUGGUAUCAAUUUGCUUUUCUCUGUCCCCCAUGCUAUUUCAAUAAUAAAUCCAUUGAUUUUCCCCUUGUGCUAAUGAUGGGUGGAUUGAUUGAUUUCCAACUUUUUAGUUUACAUUUUUUUAAGAUGAGUGAUGAGAAGAGAAUCGUCCAGCCCAUUGGGUAUCUCACUACACAUCCAUAUGUUUCUAUAUGUAUUCCUGUAAGAGUUGGUGUGAGGUGUGACCCAGGUGCAGUGCAGGAUAGACAGUAGGCAGUAGGCAAGGAUGGUGAAACAAGGAUCUUUACUGGUGGUCCAAAAGCCAGGAUACAAAACAACGGACUAUUCACGAAAACAAAUGAGGAGCACAUAGGUCUCCAAAAAACAGGCUGACAGCAAACAAUAUGAAAUACUAACUCUGACUGGAAAAACACAAUGACACAGGGAGAACACUUCUCGAGGACCUGUAACGCCGUCACGUGAAUGCUGUAUCAGCCCUGGGUCCAGAAUGUCCCUCCUGGCCACCCCGGACCGCUCCUCCGGCCCAUAACCCUCCCAGUUCACCAGAAAUAGGAGACCCCUCCCCAACCGCCGGCAGUCCAGGAUCCGGUCCACCGUAAAAGCCGGCUGCCCUCCGACGAGGCGCAGCGGGGGAACAGGACGAGGAGGGGGAGCCAGGGGACAGGUGGCGUUGGGCUAGAGGAGGGACACAUGAAAUGUGGGAUGCACCUGCAUGGUGGGGGGAAGUUGCAGGCGGUAGGUCACUGGGUUGACUCGCCGUACCCCUCUGAAUGGCCCGACGGGAUCGCCGCCUCUUCCUCUUGCUCGGGGAAUAGGGGCGCUUGGGGAUAGGCAGGGGUCGUAGCAGCCCUGCCGCGGGCUGACGUGAGCUCUUCGUGCGUGCGCACACCGGGCAAGCAGACACGAAGGCGUGCGUAUCCCACUCAGCAGAUGGCCACCAGAGCCUCCUACGCAGGGACCCCAAUGUCCUGGCAACCCCCGGAUGGCUGGUGAGGUCGGACGCGUGCGCCCACUGAAGCAGUCGCGAGCGCACAGCCUUGGGUAUGUACAUCCACCCCGAAGGGCCUCCGCCCGGAUCGGGCUCUCGCCGUAGCGCUGCUCUGACCAGCCUAUCAAUUCCCCACAAAACUGGGGCAGCCAUCAGGGCGUUGGAGACAAUGGGGUCGUCCCUCAUGGCCAGCUUCUCCGGUCGGGACAAGGAAAGCGAUCGCCCUUGUGUGUGCAUGGCGCCCGGCAGGAGAUCGAUAGCGCAGUAAUAAGGCCUGUGAGGAGGUAGGCCCUUGGCAUGCCUCCUACUAAACACCUCCCCCAGAUCCCAAUACUCCCGGGGAACGCCUACAAGGUCUGGGCCGGUGACGGAAUGCAGGACCUGGGGAAGAGGUGAGGACUGGUAGGUGGUCUGGGACGGGGGUUUGGGCUGAUGAGUGGUCGGUGGCAACCGGAACCGGACGGGGCGGAGCCUCCCUCCAGGAUGAGCCACCCCAUGGACCAGUCUAUCCGGGUGUUGUGGGCGACCAGCCAGGGGUGCCCGAGGAUGAGGGGACACUCCGGAGAGUCCACAAUGAAAAACGGGAUAUAUUCCCAUAGCCCCCCCCCACCACCCGGACACGCACGGGGACAGUGCAUCGGGUGAUGCAGCCCAACCCCAACGGCGGCCGUCCAGGCCCAUGACCGGAACCGGCUCGGAGAGAGAGUAACGGAACGCUCUACCCUUGGGCCAGCCCCGCGUCCAUCAAGUUUCCCGCGGCCCCAGAAUCCACCAGUGCAUGCGCCCUACGCGCAGCGUGGGCCCACUGAACCCUGACGGGGAGGAAAGUCCGGGAGUCUCUGGAGUUGGGGUUUUGGUUCGCUAGCACCCCUCCCAAUCCUAGCGAACCCUCCUGUUUCCCCGGCUUCUCCGGGCAUGAGUCGCAGUAGUGACCUGCGUGGCUGCAGUACCGGCAACGUCCCUGGGGCAGACGCCUCUGCCUCUCCAUCCUGGACAAGCGCGCAGCCCCCAGCUGCAUAGCCUCCUCCUGAGGUGUCUCCUCCCUGAAUCGGUGGAAAGCCUCCGGGCUGAUAGGGAGCCGCGGAGGCGAGCCUUGCGUCAUGCCUCUCUCGUACGCCCUCUCACGAUGCCGAUUGUCCACCCGCACCGAGAGGUCGAAGAAAGCCAUCCAUUCGCUCAGGCAGCUCCCUGAAGGAGAGUUCGUCCUUCAUCCCCUCUGAUUGCCCCUGCGCCUACAGGACGACCAGGGCGGCCCCCUCCCAUCCUGCCUCUCGAGCCCGGGUCCGGAACUCCACGGAGUAGUCCCCCACCGAACGCUCACCCUGCCCACAAGCCGUGAGCCGCCUCCCGGCCUCGUGCACUGACACCACUCGAGAGGUAUCGAACACCUUGCGUAGCUCCCGGGUGAACUGGUAGUAGUCGGAGCACGCUGGAGUUUGGCUCACCCACUCCGAGGUAGCCCAGGAAAGGGCCCGACCCUUCAACAGAGUGAUAAUGUAGGCCACCCGGUUCUGCUCUGUCAGGAAGGAGGAGGGUUGUAGGUUGAACAUCAGGGAACACUGGGUGAGGAAUUCCCUGCAGCCCUCUGGACGUCCGUCGUACCUCUCCGGAGGUGGUAGGUGGGGUUCCCGCGAUGUCGCAGGCGAGACUGGGACGGCGCGGCCUCUGCUCCGCCGGCUGCCGGGGCUGGUCAGGUGUCCACCUGGCUCUGCAUGGCGAUCGUCAGCUGGUGGAGAUUCUCGAUGAUCUGCUGCAGGCUGCGGUCAUGCUGAUCCAACAAGGCUCCCUGCACUGCCAAUGCGCUAUGAUACUGUGCUGCCUUCGCUGGGUCCAUAUUGACUCCGUUUUCUGUAAGGGUUGGUGUGAGGUGUGACCCAGGUGCGGUGCAGGAUAGACAGUAGGCAGUAGGCAAGGAUGGUGAAACAAGGAUCUUUACUAGUGGUCCAAAAGCCAGGAUACAAAACAACAGACUAUUCACGAAAACAAAUGAGGACGGUCUCCAAAAAACAGGUCUCCAAAAAACAGGCUGACAGCAAACAAUGUGAAAUACUAACUCUGACUGGAAAAACACAAUGACACAGGGAGAACACUUCUCGAGUACCUGUAACUCCGUCACGUGAUCCGACACUGAUACAUACUGCUUGACAUCAAGGAACUAGCAGAGAAAACUGAGCAAUGGAACACAGGGAAGUAAGGGCAUAAAUACACAAGUGAAUCAGAUAGACACAGGUGACACCAAUAGGCAGAUAAUUAGUCCCGACUGUGAGUGAGGAGGUGCCUAUGGUUGUCGGAGGAUGACACCUAGUGGGUCGCUCCGGAACUGCGACCCACUCCUGUAACAUAUUCCAGUAGCUUCCAGUAGCUAGGCCUAUUAGUGUGUUCACCUCCUGGCUCACGUGUAUGUUCUGGGUGUUGUGGGUGUAUGUUCUGGGUGUUGUGGGUGUCUGGAUGAGUGUGUUUGUUUGAUGAUUUAUCGAAGGGGGCUUGUCCUGGGUGUUAUUAAAUCCUUAAGAGUCUAUUGACUCGUGCGUCAAUCUAAGUAACAUAAUAAAAACACCGACAUCAAAAUCUGUCAGUUUAAGCUAGAGAUAUCUGCAUGGGCUGCGUCUCAAUCCACCACAUCUGCCUAUGUCAGCCUUCUGCAUCAGCGGUGGAAGGUGGCCGAGCUACAGCGGUGUUUGUCAGACCAUGAGACAUCUCGAAAAUGUUCUCAUCUUCUCACAAAAUGUCUGUAGCGUCCGAACGGUUUGGCUUACACUGGAAAGAUGAGACUCUUACGAACACGAUGGUGUUCUCCGUUUUGCUCUACGACCCCCACAAGUGCAACGGGACUCAUCUGAAGGUAACGCAUACAAAUUAAUGGAAGUAUGGAGGUCGUUUUGUGCCAACAAAAAUAAGGGUUUAAAUAUGUGUCCAAAAGAACCAAAAUAUUUCCUGAGCUUUCGUAUAUCUCCUAGAUGUAUGACACUUCAAAACCUUAUAUUCCUUAUGAUUAAUUUUGUUGCCAUUUAUGAAUGUGUUAUUCAAUGCGUUUUUAUGGGCUAUAGUAGUAAAGACUUUUAGAGGUUUAAUGGGUGCAGGUGGGACAGGGAUGAGAUAAGUGGUUUGUGUGUGUUCAUGGUGUGCGUAAUCAUGUGUCUGUUUGUGGUAAGGGACUGAUUAGUUGAGCUGCUUUUGGAAAUCUCUCUCUGGUUCUGUGUAGUCAGUCAGUCAUCUGUUCUAUCAUUAUUCAGUUACGUCAACACCAAACACAGCCAGUCAUGACAUGCCCAGAUAGGCUGAUACCCAGGUAUCGGUAUGUGUCAGCCUUUUCAUACGCUUUCAGUUUGAAGUUCUGGCCUGCCCCACACACGGUAUAAUAACCCACAGCACGCAGUGUGUGUGUGUGUGUGUGUGUGUGUGUGUGUGUGUGUGUCUCUCUCUCUCACACACACAGCUACUGUGUGUGCUCUGCAGAUGAGUGAAUAGUUGGACAUGUUCUACUGACAUUUGUCUCUGGCUGGCAUGACAGUGCAGUUGGUUGAGAUUGUGUCAUAUAGUCCUAAGAUAAAGAGUCUAAAGGUACCUUCAAGCAAAACCAUAUCCCCCAUUAGAAACUUUGCUUCCUGGUGAAUUUCCAGCUCAGCUUGUCUUUUGUUGUGGGUAAAAAUGAUGUCUGCUGAUAAGAAGAAAGUGACAUUCUAUGGAGGGAUUGAGUUCCACGUUAGACCAUUGCCACCUCAAUACACAUUAAGUGCCACAGUGCUUAUUGAAGAAGCAAUACCUUAGGCAAUAGGCAUGACAGGCAAAUAAGUUAGGUUCCAGCCAGGGGCUCUGUAUCCUGGGACUCUCCUCUCUAUCCAUCUGCCCAGAUACAGAUACAGAACAGUAGCCCUGGUCUGGCCCGCUUCCACCCACUCCACCCUCCCUUUGAUCCUGCUACUACUGGAAUAAGUGGGCACUUAUCUAGGCCUCUAGUCCCAACCAUGUCCCUUCCAAAAUAACAACGACUGAAAAUAGAACCCGGCAUGUCUGUUGUCACCAGUUGCCCAACCCCCUGGGCCCUGCUGUGAAGGCCAGUGGUUCUUAGGGGGUGAGGGAGUCAGUGUGAGGGCUUGGGGAAGGUGACCUGCUAUUCUACAGCUGUGUAGUCUCAGUGCUUGUCUCAGCUGAUGACUCUGAAUGUCAAAUGUAUUGAGGUCCAUUGUUGUGUGGACAUAUUAACGUUAUGGUCAGCUAGGUUAUUGGGAAUAGCCUUUAUGAAGUAGAAUUCUGAUAACCAGGUCUCAUCAUUUCAGUGAAGCAGGGAAAGAAAUACCUUUUUUAUUUCCAUGAGUAUUGUGAGAUACUACAGUAAAAUAAACAUGCCACAGUAAGAAACUAGGCAAAGGGCCUUUGAAGUUGAUUCAAGCCCCAGUUUUCCAGAGCAGCAUUGAUAUGACUGUAGAAACGUAUACUCAGUGGUCUCCAGAUCGUGACAAUAACUAAUAGACCUAGAUCAAAUCCAACUCCUCAGUCUUCUGCCUCCCUCACUGGGCCAAACACCACUUCAUGCUCCCUUUUGCCCAUUUCAUCCCACCUCUUUCAUCCAUUUACCAUGGAGACAAUGCAGGAAGCACAUGGUUGCCAGGUGAUUAAGCCUCCAUCCCAGAAACCCCCCUACCACACCACUCUGGUUAGUACGGUCCACUGGGCUGAGGACUGUCGUAGGGAGACCAGAGGUGGGAGAAUUCAUUCCGGUAAAACAACGGGGGUUGAUGGUGGUAUAUGGGUUAAGCCUUAUUUUCGUGGCUUGCCAGUAGAUUCCGGAACUCACCAGUCCAGCACUGGGGUACCUCAUCUCGGAAAUCUCUGAGUGAACUAUACUGAACAAAAAUAUAAACGCAACAUGCAACAAUUUCUAAUAUUUUACUCAGUUACAGUUCAUAUGAGGAAAUCAGUCAACUGAAAUAAAUUAAUCUAUGGAUGUCACAUGACUGGGAUUACAGAUAUGCAUCUGUAGGUCACAGAUACCUUAAAAAAAUGGGCCUCAAAAUGGGCCUAAGGAUUGCAUCACAGUAUUUCUGUGCAUUAAAAUUGCCAUCGAUAAAAUGUCAGUAGCUUAUGCCUGCCCAUACCAUAACCCCACCGCCACCAUGGGGUACUCUGUUCACAACGUUGACAUCAGCAAACCGCUCGCCCACAUGACGCCAUACACGUGGUCUGCGGUUGUGAGGCCGGUUGGACAUACUGCCAAAUUCUCUUAAACGAUGUUGGAGGCGGCUUAUGGUAGAGAAAUUAAAAUUAAAUUAUCUGGCAACAGCUCUGGUGGACAUUCCUGCAGUCAGCAUGCCAACUGCAAGCUCCCUCAAAACUUGAGACAUCUGUGGCAUUGUGGCCACUAAGGCCUUUUAUUGUCCCCAGCACAAGGUGCACCUGUGCAAGGAUCAUGAUCAUGCUGUUUAAUCAGCUUCUUGAUAUGGCACACCUGUCAGGUGGAUGUAUUAUCUUGGCAAAGGAGAAAUGUUUACUAACUUGGAGGUAAACAAAUUUGUGCUCAACAUUUUAGAGAAAUAAGCAUUUGUGCGUAUGGAACAUUUCGGGGAUCUUUUAUUUCAGGUCAUGAAACAUGGGACCAACACUUUACAUGUUGCAUUUAUAUUUUUGUUCAGUGUAGCUAUCCCUUUAAGGAUAGUGUUUUUCAUUGGACUUGAAAUAGCCACCAAGUAACCUCCAGAGUGACCAAAUGUCACAUCUUACACAAUGUCCCCCACUCCCUGCCUGCCCUGAAGUGACACAGGGUUGACACAGUCCUGUCUGAGGGUUGGGUUGAUAGUGUGUCACAGCACGUCUGUGUAGAAUGUCAUAGCAACUUGUCUGAGACAACCACACACACACAUUGCCCACGUUUCUCUCUCUCUCACCCUUCUCUCUUUACUUCAUCUCUGGCACACACACCUCCCUGCCUCAGUCUUCUACCCAACUGUUUCAGGUCUCCUUCCAUCCUCCCUUUCUCAUUCUCAUCCUCUCUCUCUCUCCAUCUCUCUCUCUCUCUCUCUCUCUCUCUCUCUCUCUCUCUCUCUCUCUCUCUCUCUCUCUCUCUCUCUCUCUCUCUCUCUCUCACUCAUACUCUCACUCUCACUCACUCUCUCUCUCUAGGCUGUACCUGUGAAGCUGUCCCUGGAUGCUUUGCUGCAGAUGUCCAGUUGUCAGGUGCAGGACACCAUGAGAAGGCUGGGCUCCAAACCAGAGGAGUGCUCUCGACUCACUGCUGCCCUCUCCUGCCUAAAGAGUGCCACUGAGACAGGUCAGUCACACCAUUAUGGUAUUUUUCUGUAAUUAAUAACACUGCUUAUUGGUGCUGUGUGCUCUGUAGUUUAGUACUGUUUGUAACUCUAACCUCUGACCUCUGCUUUAGGUGGGGACAUCAGCGAAGACCCAGGACCCUGGAUAUCAGAGCCGCCCCGCCGCGACAGUAACACCUUACCUCCUUCGGACCGCCGCCCCUCCACCCCCACCACCCUACCCCGUGGCUCCAUCCUCAGUCCCCACGCCCACGCCCGUUCUGUUUCUGUGACUGUCAUACCCUGUGUGGACAAUAAAAGGCAUCAAGUCUAUACAGGAGGCAUGUCGGACGCUUUCCCCUCCUCGCCACUGCUCCUGUCCAAUUCCCCUCCCUCCAAGAGACGCACCAAGCACCCCCCACGCACGUCCCCGCCCCCUUCCCGAAAGCUGCUGCAACUCCCCUUCAACAUCACCCUCACACGCAGCAAGAGCCAAGAGUCACAGCUGGCCAACCGCAUAGAAGAGCCAGUGCCCAACACAAAGUGGGUGUUUCUCUAUUCUGUCGUCUUUAAAUAAAUAAAUGAAGGCAGCUAUUUUGCUGUUUUCCUUUGUUGAUUGAACUAGCUAUUUUGUAUUCUGUCGUCUUUAAAUAAAUAAAUGAAGGCAGCUAUUUUGCUGUUUUCCUUUGUUGAUUGAACUAGCUAUUUUGUGUUUUCGCUAUUGAAUAUGUGUGGCCAUUUUCAUCGCAAGUGUGGGUGUUUGAGUCAAAACCUAUGGAAUGAGUUUGUUUCUGUGUGAAUGAUGUGUCUGUUCUCUGAGUGACCCACACAGCUAACCCUCUCUCUGUUCUGCAGGGGUGGGAAGAAUAACAAGCUGCUCCUGAACGUUCACAUCAACAGUAGCAGUGGGAACGGGUGUGAAGACUCCGCCCGCACCCCUGGCCCGGCCACCGCCCCCUACACCCUCCCAGGCACCCCUACACUGCUGGAGCGUGAGUCCUGAUGCCCCAGUGGAACCUGGGAACUCUGCCUUUCUGCGUUUCCCUCUCUCUCUUUUCCUAUUUUUCUGUUUCCCUCAUACUCGAUUGGAACUCCAUCACUUUUCUCCCUCUUUCUUUCUCCCACUCUUUGUUUGGCUCUCUCUCUUCCCUCUGUCUUUCUAUCUCCUGUCCUCUGUCUAGCUCCUCUCACACUCCCUCUCUCUCAUUCCCUUCCAGAUAACCUGGCAUUGCAUCGGGGGUCUCCACAGAUGAGGAGAGAUAUCGGCCUCUCUGUAACACACAGGUAGGACACAUCAUCAUCAUCAUCAUCAUCAUCAAGACCUGUACGACACCAUACUUACGUAUCUAUUGUUUAAGCCCUAGAGGCCCUCUGGGUCUUAGUGGAGUAUGUGAUGGGAUUGUGAAAAAAAUACAUUCCCGGUUUUGAGCUCAGCAUUCUACCUUGGCACAGACCCCAAACAUUUCUUGCAUCGGUCUGGUGAGAAUGGCGCCUCAAGAAUCUGAGAAUUUGAGUUAUGCAGACACUCAGUCAGACCCAGUGUUAAUCUGACUGGAAAGUGUGUAUUUAUUCAUUUUGAUCUUGCGUAACAGUUUGGGGAAAAGAGAUAACAGAUUCCAAUGAAAACCAUUUGGGAUCUGGCAGAAUUCUAACACACUUCUCUGGAACAUUCUAGUUUGUCCACUACCCAGUAGGCAACUCCAACAUUAGAAGUUGUGAUAUAAGUGAAAUAUAUUCAUGUUUUGCUUCUCUCUCUCCUUCUAAGGUUUUCAACCAAAUCCUGGCUCUCACAGACAUGCCAGGUGUGUCAUAGGAACAUGAUGUUUGGUGUUAAGUGCAAACACUGCAAGUAAGAAGAAGCCUUCUAUACAUCUCCACUUUCAUUUGUUAUCAAGUCACUCUGUGCUCCUCUGCGAACUACUGUCUCCUCUGCUUCCAGGUUAAAGUGCCAUAACAAAUGUACCAAAGAAGCUCUUCCCUGCAGGAUAUCUUUUCUCCCACGUAAGCCCUUGUCCAUUCCUGCAUACAAAACAACAAAAAAUGCACAAUAUAAUUAUCAUUUUCCCGGUACAUCCCAAGAAUGUCAAUUUAGUACUGAAUCAUUGUUCCCUAUAUUUCAGUCCCGCAAAUCCGCCGGGCAGAAUCCGUACCUUCAGAUAUCAAUAAUCAAAUUGACCGUACGGCCGAGUUACCAAUCCAGUUUGGCACUUUACCAAAGGUGCUAACCAAAAAGGUAGAAAAUUAGUGUUUAAGCAUACAUGUGUGUAUGUGUAUUAAUAGUAAUGUCACCAUACAUGGAACCUAUAAUUUGUCCUGAACCUUAAUUUAUGAAACCUUUCUGUUGAAAACCCUCUCUCAGGACUACCCUCCCAUGCUGAGCCAGAUGGAUUCCAGCAGUAACCCCUCCUCCACCACUUCCUCUACGCCCUCCUCACCCACCCCCUUUCAGCAGAGCAACCCCCCCAGCGUCACCGCCACGCCGCCCCCCAACCCCUCGCCCGGCACCCAAGGGCCCCGAGACAGCCGCUUCCACUUCCCAGGUCAGGCCCUCACUAUGACAGGCCCAAGCACUCUCUAGAUUCCUACUCUGUUCCACUCUGUUUUACUCCAAAGCAACACUUCUCCAGUAUCUCUCACAGGCAUUCCCCCAAAGACUCUAGAUUCCUACUGUGUUCCUCUAACUCACAACACUAAACUCUAAAUCUACCCUAAGCCAGUAUCUCUCACAGGCAUUCCCCCAAAGACUCUAGAUUCCUACUCUGUUCCUCUAACUCACAACACUGAACUCCAAAUCUACCCUAAGCCAGUAAUAGCACAUCUCUAAUCAUAUUCCAAUUCCUAAUCACACUUAAUUUGCUCUUUUACCACUAAUCAUAUCCUAUUAUAACAUCUCCUUAACGGCUUGUGGCUUGUCUAACCUUGUCUAACCCAAUCAUAUCGCUCUCUCCUCUCCAUUUUCCUCUGGUGGUUGUUUCUCCUCUUGUCCUUUAGCUGGCAGUUAUUUACAACCUAGACAGUUUAUCUUCCCUGGUGAGUUAACAAUGAGUUAACACCACUCCUUCCCUGUGUGUCCUGUAGUCCCGUCCUACUAGUACAGUACCGUCCCCUUUUCAUGUGUUGUCGUCUGCUGCUGUAGUUUAUGACAAGCCUUUAGCAGAGCCAUAAUAUUACAUGCUGAUAGCUUUGGCUUUUAUAGUGCAUGCCUGCCCUCUGGCGAGCAAAGAGGUGAACUGACUGACUGUGCUGCUUGGCGCUGUGUAUGGUCUGACAGAGUUAGAGGCAGCCAUCACAAUUUAGAGGAUGCAUGCUCUGAAGUGAAGUGAAGACAGAUUGGCUUAGUUAAAUAAUAGUUUUACUAUGAAUCAGAUAUUUGUGUCCCACACACAGAUGUUUCCUCUUCACCGUAUCCUGUUGGACUACACUCUGAAGGCUAUCAUGACACUGGGUAAGAGACAACAGCUUUUAAUGACAAAGUCAAUAUAGAGUCAGAGUACAGACCAUUUAAAAUGCUGUGGUUUUUCACCCACAUUGUCUUCUGUAAGUCCCACCAAAGUUUACCAUAGUUUCUACUAGACAGGGUUAGGUUAAAGUUAGGAACCCCUGUUUAUGGUGAUGUUUGUCCCCACAGAGACACACAGCAACUGGCGCAAUCAGACCCUCCAUGUCAGGGACAGGAAUGUGGAGUGGUGAGUACCCAAAAUCCCCGGUGGCAGGAAUAUAAUAAUAAUAACAAUUAAUUAAUUACAUUUAUAAAGCGCUUUUCAUUAGACAAGAAUAAUCUCAAAGUGCAUGAAAUAAAAUAGAAAGUAGAAAAAUAGUUUAAAAAACAAAUAUGUAUAUCUAACUAUAUUAUGAAAGCAACAGUCAAAGUCUAGGAGGAAGGGUAGACCAGCUGAUAGAGAUGAGUGUUAAGGCCAGCUUUAAAAGCCCCAACAGUCUGAACAGCCCUGAGAUUAUCAGGGAGGGAGUUCCAUAGGUGUGGUGCUUGGGAGGAAAGGGCAUGCUCCCCAAGGUAGGUGGGUGGGUCAGAUGCCAUGUAGGCUUUUUCAGAUGAGGAGGAGAAUGUUAUAGUCAAUUAUUUAAGGAACAGGUAGCCAAUGGAGCUCAGCAAGGAUGGUGGGUGAUGUGGGCAGACUUUUUAGUUUUUGUCAGAAUCCUUGCAGCACCCUUUUGGAUGAGCUGUAGUUUUGAAUUUGCAGGCAGGGCCCCAAGUACUGCGUUCCCAUAAUCAAUUCUGGAGAAAAUGAAUGUAUGGAUUAGCUUUUCUGCAUCAGAUGUGGUGAGAGAGGGUCUUAGGCGGGAGAUGUUCUUCAGGUGAAAGAAUGGAGUUUAACAGACGUGACUAAUGUGGGCAUUGAAGGAGACAGCAGGGACGAAUUUCAAACCCAAAUUAGUGAUGAAUGAGGAGAGGGGGAUGAUAUGGCUGUUUAUGGCAGGGCGGAUGCUGCAGGAGUUGGUGAUCUGCUGGGGGCUGCCUAUCACCAUUGCCUCUGUCUUGCUGCUGUUGAGUUGGAGGAAGUUGUUCUGCAUCCAAGAUUUGACCUCUUCCAGACAGUUGGACAAUGUUGACAGAGCAGAUGUUGAGUCAGGCUUUGUUUUAAUGUACUGUACACCUGUGUGUCGUCUGCGUAGCAGUGGAAUUGGACACUGUGCUGUCUGAAGAUCUGGCCAAGUGGGAGCAUGUAGAGUAGGAAGAGGAUAGGUCCUAACACUGACUCUUGUGGGACACCGUAGGCUAUGGGGUACUCCUCUGAUCUUGCCUCACCGAGGGUGAUGUACUGCUUGUGGUUAGAGAGGUAGGAGUUAAACCAGUUUAGGGCAGAUGGCAGUGUGCUCUCUGAAGCGCUGCAGUAGAAUGGUGUGAUCUACUGUGUCAAAAUCAGCACUGAGGUUGAGAAGAAUGAAGAUGGUGGGGGAUCCUGUAUCUGCAGCCAUGUGAAGGUCAUUUACAACCGUCGCCAGAGCUGUCUCAGUACUGUGCAAGAGCCUAAAGCCAGACUGGUGAGCUUCAUAAAGCUGGUUAGCACUGAGGUGUGAGUGAAGCUGAGUUGCCACCAUCUUUUCCAGGACAUCAGAUAAAAAUGGCAGGUUGGAAAUAGGCCUGUAGUUUGAGAGGAAGUCAUGGUCAAGGGAUGGUUUCUUGAGCAAGGGGGUGAUGGCAGCGAUGUUGAACAGUGACUGCACCUGCCCAGUGUGAAGAGAAUUGUUGAACAGGUUGAAAGCAGCUGAGCAGAUAUGGGUGGUGGGGUAGGAGCCAGAGUGGGGUUGAGGUUGGAGGAUACAAUGUUCUGUCAAAUGGUGUUGAUUUUAGCCUUGAAGAACUCAACAAAUCGUUUGUAUUGUUCGGUAGUUGCUGAGGAAGUGAAAGAGAAGAUGGUUCCAUUUUUUGCAAUGGGGAAACCACCCAGCAGCAUAACCUGAUCUAGUGACAGUUCUCUAGUCUAGUUAAUUAUGUGGUGCAAUGAUACUGACAUGAUCAUUUUACCAUAUAGAAAACUUAAUAAAAGGUUGGUUCUCUGUUUGGGUUUCAGUUUUUAUUCCAAUCUCUCUACCUGUGCUGUUGUGAGCAAAUAAACCAGCUAAAUAAUCUAACAGACUUCUGAAACUGAUUUCCAGAAAUCUGCAAUCUGCAAUUGAUUGAAUAUCGGCCUAAUUGUAUGUUUUGUUUGGGUUGACAUGACACAAUUUGUGCAUGCUUUGUCUCUGUGUAUUCAGGAAGAGGAGGCAGAAGAGGAGGAAUACCCAGGAGAGGAGGAUGAGGGAAACGGUAGCAGGGAGGGCAGAGAGAAGGGCCACUCAAACAGAGAGUGUGAUGGGGAUGAGCUAGAGGACCUGCCCAGCUACCGGGGCCGAAUGGCCGGGGGCCAAUGGAGGGGGCCCAUCUCUCGUAAGGCCAGCCAGACCAGCGUGUACCUGCAGGAGUGGGACAUUCCCUACGAGCAGCUGGAGCUGGGGGAGCUCAUUGGCAAGGUGAAUGACUAUAGCUUUACAUAGUGGUAAAUAUACACUCAGUGGUCAGUUUAUUAGGUACACCACCCUGUUCACGAAAAUGGUUCGCUCCUACAGACAGUGAGUCACAUGGCCGUGGCUUGCUAUAUAAUACAGGCAGACAGGCAUGGAGGCAUUAGGUUACUGGACGAUUGAACGUUAGAAUGGGCAUAACGAGUAGCUAAAGUGACCUUGAGCGUGGGAUGAUCGUUGGUGCCUGGUGCGUCGGUUCCAGUGUCUCAGAAACGGCCGGACUCCUGGGCUUUUCACGCAAAAUUGUGUCUAUGGUUUACUGAGAAUGGUGGGACAAACAAAAAACAUCCAGUCAGCGGCAGUCCUGUGGGUGAAAACAGCUUGUUGAUGAGAGAGGUCGAAGGAGAAUGGCAAGAAUUGUGCAAGCUAACAGGUGGGCCACAAACAGACAAAUAACGGUGCAGUACAACAGUGGUGUGCAGAACGGUAUCUCGGAACGCACAACUCGUCGGCCCUUGUCACGGAUGGGCUAUUGCAGCAGACGACCACACCGGGUUCCACUCCUAUCAGCUAAAAACAAGAAGAAGAGGUUCCAGUGGGCACGCGAUCACCAACACUGGACAAUUGAGGAGUGGAAAAACAUUGCCUGGUCCGACGAAUCCCAGUUCCUGUUGCAUCAUGCUGAGUCCAAGGCCCCAUCCUGCCUGUUGUCAACGGUACAGGCUGGUGGCAGUGGUGUAAUGGUGUGGGGAAUGUUUUCCUUGCGCACGUAAUGUUUGAACACCACAGCGUCUGAACAUUGUUGCAUCCCUUCAUGGCUACAGAGGGGUCUGACCCGGUACUAGAUGGGUGUACCUAAUAAACUGGCAACUGAGUGUAUAUGACAACAGCUGUAUCUACACAUAGUUGGGGUAGUAGGGCUCAUAUUCAAAGUCAAUUGGUAUCAAUUGGUAUCCCCCCCCCCCCCCCCCCCCCCCAAAAAAAAAGGCCAAUGGACUCAAUUAGAGUUCCUUGAAUGGGAACAGAAAUAAAUAGGCUACAAGGUAGCUAAUAACACAAGUACCCAUACUGUACCUCCCUAUUCCAGGGCCGUUGGGGGAAGGUGCAUAAGGGGCGCUGGCAUGGAGAGGUGGCCAUCCGGCUGCUGGAGAUAGAUGGUAAUAACCAGGACCACCUGAAGCUGUUUAAGAAGGAGGUGAUGAACUACAGACAGACCCGCCACGAGAACGUGGUCCUCUUCAUGGGGGCCUGCAUGGCCCCGCCACACCUCGCCAUCAUCACCAGGUUAGUGGGAGGGAAGGAGGAAAGGGAGGUGGGGAUGGUUAGGGGAGUUGAGCAGGGAAAAGCUGGAACCCUUGAAUCAAUCUAUGAGAGGUAUUAAAUGUGUCUUGGUUUAACAAAUGAGGAAACCAGGAAAGGCUUUGUUUUGACUUCCUUUUCCCCCUGACAUUUCCUCUUGUUUUCUCUCAGUUUCUGCAAAGGUCGGACACUAUUCUCUGUUGUAAGAGAUGCCAAGAACACGCUAGACAUCAACAAGACAAGGCAGAUCGCUCAGGAAAUUGUUAAGGUGUGGUACUACUCGACUUUUCUUGAAUUGUAAGUACAUUGUAAGUAGCCUACUCUUCCUUUCACUGAAAGUGACUCAACUCUGACCUCUUCCUCAGGGUAUGGGCUACCUUCAUGCUAAAGGAAUCGUUCACAAGGACCUGAAGUCCAAGAAUGUGUUCUAUGACACAAACAAAGUGGUAAUCACAGACUUUGGCCUUUUUGGAAUGUCCGGAGUGGUACAAGAGUACCACAAGAGGUAAGCAAAAUAAAACGUUGUCAAAAGUUAAACACACUGUGGAGUAUACUUCUACACCUUUUGAGUCCAGAUAAAGGAUCAAAAGUUUACGGUUGUCCAUCUGUGGGUGUCUGUUUGUGUGUCUGUGUGUGUCUUGAUGUGUGUGUCUUGGUCUGUGUGUGUGUGUCCAGGCGAGAGAAUGAGCUGAGGCUCCCUCAUGGCUGGAUCUACUACCUGGCCCCUGAGAUCGUCCGCAGGAUGGGCACUGGGAACCAUGAGGACCGCCUGCCUUUCUCCAACGCUGCAGACAUCUACGCCUUUGGGUACACACAACUUCCUCUCAUCUUACAUCCUGCCAUAAUAAUAAUGCUGCAUUUAUACUGAACAAAAAUAUAAACGCAACAUGUAAAGUGUUGUUCCCAUGUUUCAUGAGCUGAAAUAAAAGAUCCCAGACAUUUUCCAUAUGCACAAAAAGCUUAUUUCUCUAAAAUAUUGUGCACACAUUUGUUUUCAUCAGUGUUAGUGAGCAUUUCUCCUUUGCUGAUUAAACACCAUGAUCAUUACACAGGUGCACCUUGUACUGGGGACAAUAAAAGGCCACAAUAAAAUGUGCAGUUUUGUCACACAACACAAUGCCACAGAUGUCUCAAGUUUUGAGGGAGCGUGCAAUUGGCAUGCUGACUGCAGGAAUGUCCAACAGAGCUGUUGCCAGAGAAUGGAGGGGGUGCUGAGGAAUAUUUCUGUCUGUAAUAAAGCCCUUUUGUGGGAAAAAACUGAUUCUGAUUGGCUGGGCCUGGCUUCCCAGUGGGUGGGCCUGGCUCCCAAGUGGGUGGACCUACAGUGAGGGAAAAAAGUAUUUGAUCCCCUGCUGAUUUUGUACGUUUGCCCACUGACAAAGAAAUGAUCAGUCUAUAAUUUUAAUGGUAGGUUUAUUUGAACAGUGAGAGAUAGAAUAACAUCAACAAAAUCCAGAAAAACACAUGUCAAAAAUGUUAUAAAUUGAUUUCCAUUUUAAUGAGGGAAAUAAGUAUUUGACCCCCUCUCAAUCAGAAAGAUUUCUGGCUCGCAGGUGUCUUUUAUACAGGUAAAGAGCCGAGAUUAGGAGCACACUCUUAAAGGGAGUGCUUCUAAUCUCAGCUUGUUACCUGUAUAAAAGACACCUGUCCACAGAAGCAAUCAAUCAAUCAGAUUCCAAACUCUCCACCAUGGCCAAGACCAAAGAGCUCUCCAAGGAUGUCAGGGACAAGAUUGUAGACCUACACAAGGCUGGAAUGGGCUACAAGACCAUCGCCAAGCAGCUUGGUGAGAAGGUGACAACAGUUGGUGUGAUUAUUCGCAAAUGGAAGAAACACAAAAGACCUGUCAAUCUCCCUCGGCCUGGGGCUCCAUGCAAGAUCUCACCUCGUGGAGUUGCAAUGAUCAUGAGAACGGUGAGGAAUCAACCCAGAACUACACGGGAGGAUCUUGUCAAUGAUCUCAAGGCAGCUGGGACCAUAGUCACCAAGAAAACAAUUGGUAACACACUACGCCAUGAAGGACUGAAAUCCUGCAGCGCCCGCAAGGUCCCCCUGCUCAAGAAAGCACAUAUACAUGCCCGUCUGAAGUUUGCCAAUGAACAUCUGAAUGAUUUAGAGGAGAACUGGUUGAAAGUGUUGUGGUCAGAUGAGACCAAAAUUGAGUUCUUUGGCAUCAACUCAACUCGCCGUGUUUGGAGGAGGAGGAAUGCUGCCUAUGACCCCAAGAACACCAUCCCCACCAUCAAACAUGGAGGUGGAAACAUUAUGCUUUGGGGGUGUUUUUCUGCUAAGGGGACAGGACAACUUCACCGCAUCAAAGGGACGAUGGACGGGGCCAAGUACCGUCAAAUCUUGGGUGAGAACCUCCUUCCCUCAGCCAGGGCAUUGAAAAUGGGUCGUGGAUGGGUAUUCCAGCAUGACAAUGACCCAAAACACACGGCCAAGGCAGCAAAGGAGUGGCUCAAGAAGAAGCACAUUAAGGUCCUGAAGUGGCCUAGCCAGUCUCCAGACCUUAAUCCCAUAGAAAAUCUGUGGAGGGAGCUGAAGGUUCGAGUUGCCAAACGUCAGCCUCAAAACCUUAAUGACUUGGAGAAGAUCUGCAAAGAGGAGUGGGACAAAAUCCCUCCUGAGAUGUGUGCAAACCUGGUGGCCAACUACAAGAAACGUCUGACCUCUGUGAUUGCCAACAAGGGUUUUGCCACCAAGUACUAAGUCAUGUUUUGCAGAGGGGUCAAAUACUUAUUUCCCUCAUUAAAAUGCAAAUCAAUUUAUAACAUUUUUGACAUGCGUUUUUCUGGAUUUUUUUGUUGUUAUUCUGUCUCUCACUGUUCAAAUAAACCUACCAUUAAAAUGAUAGACUGAUCAUUUCUUUGUCAGUGGGCAAACGUACAAAAUCAGGGAAAAACGUACAACUUUUUUCCCUCACUGUAUUUCAGUUGACUGAUUUCCUUCUAUGAACUGUAACUCAGUAAAAUCUUUGAAAUUGUUGCAUGUUGCGUUUAUAUUUUUGUUCAGUAUACUUAAAUAUAGGACAUCUGAAUGCUUUUUAAAAACUUUGCUCAAAACAAACAACACUGGAUUUUUGGGGGGUACAUACAUAAAUAGGCUGAAAUGUGGCUCCCCAUGAAGUGAAUGUGUGAGUAGGUGUAUGCUGUUUGUAUACAGGCUUAGGACUCAGGUACAGUAUAUUUCAAUCCCCAGCACCAUUUGGUACGAGCUGCAGGCCCGUGGCUGGCCACUCACCAACCAGCCGGCAGAGGCCACCAUCUGGCAGGUGGGCAGCGGAGAGGGCAUCAAGAAGGUCCUGACAAAGGUCAGCCUUGGCAAGGAGGUUACGGUAAGGUCAAAGGUCAAAGAGCAGUGUGAUGUCCUCUGGGAAGCUUAGUGUACUGUAUUGACAUGAUAAUUAACCAAACAAUAUUAUCCUCAGUUUGCGAGUGAUAUCAUAAAACAGACUGACAUUGUACUACCAGAGCCAAAACGUUGGAAUGGAUUAUUAUCUACUGUACAUUGUGUGUAUAGCCAUAAUGAUGGAUGUGAGAUAAAUACCCCCUCCCUCCUGUCCUGUAGGAGAUACUGUCUGCCUGUUGGUCCUUCAAGCCAGAAGAGCGUCCCUCCUUCACCCAGCUGACUGACAUGCUUGAGAAGCUGCCAAAGCUCAACCGCAGGCUCUCCCACCCAGGACACUUCUGGAAGUCAGCUGAGUAUGUAUCCUAAAGACCAGGAUCCCAUUUGAGAUAUACUGUAUAUACUCACUGUAUAUAUUUAUAAUACUUCUCCUACGUCUAUGGGGAUGCCACUCUGAUGGCUUUGGGUUCUCUCAUGGCUCACAAUGUACCUGUUGAUCCCUGUCCCUCCAGUGAUGUCACAUUGGAUGGAGCCGGGAGAACAUGGGGUGUUGGUAUGAGUGCGUGAAUAAGAAUAUGUUUAUGGUGGAGGGGUGUAGCCAUCUGACAAACCUGGGCCUACUAUGUUUUCUUUUGAUUUAAAUAACUAAAACGGAUGACUGUGAUGGAAAUUACCAGCUUUAUACAGUGAGAAGAAAUGUUGUCUUCAAUAGGGAAUUUUUGCUAAAAUAAAUGUGAUCAUUUUUAAGUUAAUGUUAAACAGGACAAAAGGUUGAAACUGUUUGGUUUGUGACUGUUCAUUUCAGAGCUGAUUGUUUUGAAUGCCUAAAUCUGCCCAUGUUUUAAAAGAGAGGAUACUUUAUAAUAAUGCCACCCCUACCCUUCUCCCUGUCUCCAUGCUGUCCAUCUCUGUGAUUGGAGGCUUGAGUGUCCCACCUCUCCUGUGUCCUCCCUUCUGUGAAUAUUUCUGUCAGACCUCUCUCUCUUGUCAUCUCUGUUUGGGUCUCACUCCCUCCCUCCCUCCCUCCCUCCCUCUCUCUCUUCCUCUCUGGGCGCUGCUGCUCUCUCCUGGAUGACCACUGACUGACUUCACCUGUUCCUGCUCCACUUCACCCUCCCUGUCUCCCUUGGACACCUCCUCCUCCACCUCCUAUUUACUCCCCAACAUCAACUCUUGUUUCCCCAUCUUCUUUUUUCCUGUUGAAUCAUCCCUCCUCCGCUCCUCUCCUUGAUCUGUCCCAUCCUCCUUUCUUCUUCACUCCUUGCUCUCCGUGUGAAGGCCCUGGGUUCAUCAUCAUUGCCUGCGGGACCAUUGCAGUCAGGGCCUUCAGUCUCGCUGCCCCUACAUAUACAAAUAACACAUCUCUCAGUGGCACCCGGUGCUUAUCAAUCCAUAGGAAUAGCCUGUUUGGUAUUAGAUUCAGAGGAAUUCAGAGGAAUGGACUACCCAGCAGAAUGACAUCAACUGGUAUCACAGCCAAUAGUGCCACCAAUAUAUAGAGUCGUGUAUCUUUGUCUUGCUAAAUGUACCAUAAUGCACUGCCUGGGUUGUUUGUUAGUUUGUUGUUCUUUGCCUAACUUCAGUUCAUGUAUUGACAUUUUGGUGCUAGUAGUAGCUAAUGCAAACAGUCUAGUCUAACCGCUUGCUUUCUUUCAAUUUUCCUCUCUCUCGCUCUCUCGCGCUCUCUCUCUCUCUCUCUCUCGCUCUCUUUUCCUCUCUCACCUGUUAGAAAUUGCGUAAUUCAAAUCUGGUAUUGGAAUAAGAGAAAACAUAAUCAAGAGAUAUUCAAUUCCAAGCUAAAUUUAUUAUAUGCAAAAUGUAUGUAUGAUAAGUAUGAAGGUUCGUAUACGGGCUCACUGAAAAACCACACAGGGCAGACAGAGAACUAAACCAUUGUUUACAGAUUCUUUCUCAAAUACUCUGACAGAGAGUUCCCACCUCUUCUGUUGGCCAAUCAGAGUAAAGGACUGAGUGUGGUUUAGACUUUACUCAGCCAAUCCGUUGGCGCACGGGUUAGUCCCAACCCCUUGGCGCUCCACCCCUUGGCGCUCCACCGUUCCCAGGCAUAAGUUGCUAUCAUAAUAACCUGUAGAGUCAUCAGCACCCAAUCUGUACUCUAUGUACCUACGUUCAAGGACGGUUUCACAGACAACAAAGAGAGAGUGUUCGUAUCUGUAAGAAAUACAAGUCUUAUCUGUCCUUCCCCCUAACGUUCCUUACAUGAAUCACAGCCUGUUAUGUGAAACAAUUUAUAUCAGUAUAGUACAAACCUAUGCUCCUCAUUAAUGCAUUCCUUCUAAGCUAUUCAUCACUUCAAUCCAAUUAUUAGAAAAUAGAACCCAACACACCCUACAACUUAGGUUGUAGCCUUCAGCAUGCAAGAGGAAGUAAUAAUGAGGUUCAAUGUAAGAUGUUGACUUGCCUCUUGUGCACUCUUUGUGUGCCUGUGUCAGCAUGCCCUGUGUGUGUGUGUGUGUGUGUGUGUGUGUGUACGUAGCGUAUGUAUAGGGACAUGUGUGCAUGUUUGUUUGGUUGGUUGCUGAAUGUAAUGUGCUGGACAACCACAGAUUAACCCAGUGAAAGACUGCAGUGAUUUAAUGUUAGCAGUGAUAACACAAAGAUACAUGUAUCUGAUAUAUAAAUAUAUAUAGAAUUGUUUUAUUUAAUGUACAGAUAACAUUGAUUUUAUUAUGUGUACAAAGUUUUUAUUUUACAUUGUAAAUUACAUUAUAGGUACUUCACAUCUAAUUAUGUAGAGAUUUAAACAUAUUUUUUCCCUCACAAAACACUGUGUAAACAAAUUGUACAUUACUUAAAGAUGGGUUGGUGUUUUUUAUGUCAUAAGAAUGCAUAUUUUUGUACAGAUUGUGGCUACACUCUGAAAGCGUUUCUGGUUUCCUCAGUGAAAGACGAUAAAACUAAACUCAAGUCAUUUGGUUCUGUGUCUUGUUUUGGAAUGCUUACAACAGUUUGAAUGUAUGAUCAGUUAGGAAAAAAAGGUAGCACUUUAUAUUAAGGAUUUAAGCAGCUAAAUUACAGGCACACAAUUUCCACACCAUUUAUACAAUUGAUUUAUCUCCAAGUGUUUGAUAUGAUUUAAAGAGGCAAUCCGGGAUUCAAAACUUUGAUUGACCUCAUAAUUACUACUACUACUGAUAUGCAGGAUUACAUCAAAAAGUGUGUAGCGCAAUAUACAGUAUGUACAAAAUGUCUGUACAAACGUAAUACAUGGUUAUUUAUCUUCUAGAACAUUUUGAGACAAAUACAAAUACAUGUGUCUAUUUGUGGCAUUAUUACUAAAAUACCAAAAUUAGAAAGAUCCUCACUGAAUCCAGGAGAGACAAAUGGAAGUGCCUCCUUAUCAGAAAGUUCACAUUUCUUCUCACGAAAAUAAAAACGCAACAUGCAACAAUUUCAAUGAUUUUUACUUCAAUGAGUUACAGCUCAUAUAAGGAAAUCAGUCAAUUGAAAUAAUCUAUGGAUUUCACAUGACUGGGCAGGGGCGCAGCCAUGGGUGGGCCUGGGAGGGCAUAGGCCCAUCCACUUGGGAGCCAGGCCCACCCACCGGGGAGUUGGCCCAGCCAAACAUAAUUUGUUUUCCCCCACAAAAGGGCUUUAUUACAGACAGAAAUACUCCUCAGUUUCAUAAUCUGUCCGGGUGGCUGGUCUCAGACGACCCUGCAGGUGAAGAAGCCGGAUGUGGAGGGCUGGCGUGGUUACACGUGGUCUGCGGUUGUGAGGCCUGUUGGACAUACUGCCAAAUUCUCUAAAAUGACAUUGAAGGUGGCUUAUGGUAGAGAAAUGAACAUUACAUUCUCUGGCAACAUCUCUGGUGGACCUUCCUGCAGUCAGCAUGCCAAUUGCACACUCCCUCAAAACUUGAGACAUCUGUGGCACUGUGUUGUGUGACAAAACUGCACAUUUUAGAGUGGCCUUUUUUAUUGUCCCCAGCACAAGGUGCACCUGUGUAAUGAUCAUGCGUUUCAAUCUGCUUCUUGAUAUGCCACACCUGUCAGGUUAUUACAUUUACAUUUUAGUCAUUUAGCAGACACUCUUAUCCAGAGCGACUUACAGUGCAUAAAUUUUUCAUACUGGCCCACCGUGGGAAUCGAACCCACAACCCUGGCGUUGCAAGUGCCAUGCUCUACCAACUGAGCUGAGGCAAAGGAGAAAUGCUCACUAACAGGGAUGUACAUUUGAGAGAAAUAAGCUUUUUGUGCGUAUGGAACAUUUCUGGGAUCUUUUAUUUCAGGUCAUGAAACAUGGGACCAACUCUUUAAAUGUUGCUUUUAUAUUUUUGUUCAGUGUAAAUAUACAUUUUGGGAAGUUCUGCUAGAGAUAUCAUCUGAAAGUCAUAUUCCCUUGGUUUGUUGAAGAUUUUGCAACACCAGUGAUAAUGAUCUGUAACGUCAAUGUUAGGGCAUGACCUAUGACAUUGUUAAACUGUGCAGUAUGCAACAAGGUGGCCAUAAACAAGCAACUUUAGCUUCAAAUGGUGUUCAGUUUUUGUCCUUUCCCCCAAGGAAUUGUAUUCCUUUUUACUACUAGAUAUGAAUGGCUACUUACAUGUGGAAAUGGUACAGAAUGCACCAAUGCUGUUUGGAACACAGCAGCCAAUGUCAUACCAGGUUAAUGCUUAGGUUCAAAGGUCAUGUUAAAGUGAAGCAUGAUUUCUUUAACCACAAGCUCUUGAUAUUUUGUAAGUUUCAAUGACCAAGGUUUUCAAAAAUAUUGCACAAUUUGUGUGUUUCAUUUAUGUAUUCUUUAAAACUAUUCAGUUGUGCCAUGCAUGCGCUGUAGCCUUAGCACCUCCAAUUGCUGAUAAUAACAAUUGAUGAAUGCAUAGGGUUAAAUGUUAUUACACACUGGUAGACCAGGACAGACAGUGAUGACAAAGCUGACAUAACAAAUCUAUAUGGUAGAAGACCAUGUUUUAAAAGGUAUCUUACUGCUUGGCUAGAGCAAAAGCCUCCACCCUCACUGGCCCUCCCAGCCAGAGUAAGGGUUUACUGUAAUAUCUAACUUGGAUGUGGGGCCCCUUAGUCAUCAUCCUGUUUGGAAAGUGAUCAUGUGGUUCCCAGUCAUCUAAAGCACUCAUGCUGCAUUCGUAUCCAAGUGGGCAGUGGGAAAUUACCACAUACGACUGGGGAAAAAUACAGUUGAACAACUCUCCCUCCAACUGGUAAUUACUAGUAGGAAACUCAUCUAUCAUCCUCAGCUCCCACUUCUCCCACAUGGUGGCCUCUGACUUCACCUACUAAGGAAAUGACCUCGAUAACAGCAUUUUCGGCAGUUAAAUGCAACAACAAAACAUUAUUUAUAAAAAGCAAUCUAUGAAUAUGGAUUUUGAACACUAUAAUUUGUUUGCAAGCAUGAUAGCUGUACUUUUAGCUUUUGGUUUACCCAGCUUGUUGGCCACUAGCCAAUCAGCGUUUCUCAACUAGAUCAAAGCACUUGAAUGCAUCAAACUGGUAUUUAUGACUUCACAACAUGUAAAUCCCACCUCCCAAUUGGUUACAAAAGAAGCAUAAAACUGACCCCAUUGUUCUGCUUCUCCACCUUCCUCAGCAGGCUAAAGGACAGUGGUAUCCUACAGUUAGUUGUCUCGGUUUGAGGUGUCAAUAGGGCAAUUCAUUAGGAUAUGGAAUAAGAAAUUAUUAGAAAUUAAAAAGGUACCAUUAGGAUUAUAUUUUCCAUGGAAAUGUUAGCAUGUGUGUGCAUCGAGACAAACUGACCUCUAUACGCAGCAAACUGACUCAACUGCCCGACAACAUCAUAUGACUGUGAGUGAUUGAUGGUUAAUGAUUGAAAAAGCAUAACAAUCUAUCGGCGCGCAUCGUCUCUUGACUAGUCUGUGUGUAGGGCUACCAAUUAGGGCAACACAGAUAUUGCGCAACUGCAGCAGAUAUACAUGUAUUUUGACAGAGGUAUUCCUUAGGUCAAAACCCCUACAUUUAAACCAGGACAUUGUAAACUAGGCCACAUUGUUACUAACUUCCUCCUCUGCACCCGUCAACGCAUGACAAAACGAAACUGAACAUCUCUGAAAUUCUAUCAUCACUGAGAAGAGAGCGUUGAGCAACUGAGAAAAAAGAGCUUCGACUGACAGUUAGAUUUGGAGAAAUGGCAUUUUAUAACCAGGAACCUUUUUAUAAUCCGGUAUGUUUAUUCUAUCCAUUUAUUAUGUGAUUUGUUGUGUUGUGUAUUUAAAAUGUAGAUGUUCUUAACGUUUAACUUUGGGAUAGUUUGGCGUGUGUUUACGGUCACAUCUGGUAAUCAUAAUGGGCUCCCCCUGCUUCUCAGUAAAUACAUUAUUUUCCCAGUUGUAGUCUGCCUUUUUCUGUUCAUAGAUUGAAUGCUAAAAUCAAUAGAUGCAUAGCUAGACAUUCAUAGUAUCAAUUAAUGCUAUUGUGCAAAUGUAACAUUUAUGUUAUUAGGCUACCGUGAAUGUCUCACGUAUACUGUUAUGUAGACUUAGGCCUAUUAAUAAUUAUCACACAGGAAGUCAUGGGGGCUGUAGGAAAGAGGAAAGAGUCAAUGGCCUCUAGCCUACAGACAGUGCAUUCGGAAAGUAUUCAGACCCCUUGACUUUUUCCAAAUGUUGUUACAUUACAGCCUUAUCCUAAAAUUGAUUAAAUUGUCCCCCCCCCCCAUCAAUCUACACACAAUACCCCUUAAUGACAAAGCAAAAAUAGGUUUUCUGAUUUUUUUGCAAAACAAACAAAACACAACUGAAAUAUAACAUUUACAUAAGUAUUCAGACCCUUUACUCAGUACUUUGUUGAAGCACCUUUGGCAGCGAUUACAGCCUUGAGUUUUCUUGGGUAUGACGCUACAAGCUUGGCACACCUGUAUUUGGGGAGUUUCUCCCAUUCUUCUUUGCAGAUCCUCUCAAGCUCUGUCAGGUUGGAUGGGGAGCGUCGCUGCACAGCUAUUUUCAGGUCACUCCAGAGAUGUUCGAUCGUGUUCAAGUCCGGGCUCUGGCUGGGCCACUCAAGGACAUUCAGAGACUUGUCCCGAAGCCACUCCUGCGUUGUCUUGGCUGUGUGCUUUGGGUCGUUGUCCUGUUGGAAGGUGAACCUUCGCCUCAGUCUGAGGUCCUGAGUGCUCUGGAGCAGGUUUUCAUCAAGGAUCUCUCUGUACUUUGCUCCGUUCAAGGAUCCUUUCCCUCGAUCCUGACUAGUCUCCCUGCCGCUGAAAAACAUCCCCACAGCAUGAUGCUGCCACCACCAUGCUUCACUGUAGGGAUGGUGCCAGGUUUCCUCCAGACGUGACGUUUGGCAUUCAGGCCAAAGAGUUCAAUCUUGAUUUCAUCAGAUUUCACCUUGUUUCUCAUGGUCUGAGAGUCCUUUUUAGGUGCCUUUUGGCAAAUUCCAAGCGGGCUGUCAUGUGCCUUUUACUGAGGAGUGGCUUCCGUCUGGCCACUCUACCAUAAAUGCCUGAUUGGUGGAGUGCUGCAGAGAUGGUUGUCCUUCUGGAAGGUUCUCCCAUCUCCACAGAGGUACUGUGGAGCUCUGUCAGAGUGACCAUCAGGUUCUUGGUCACCUCCCUGACCAAGGCACUUCUCCCCCAACUGCUCAGUUUGGCCGGGGCAGCCAGCUCUAGGAAGAGUCUUGGUGGUUCCAAACUUCUUCCAUUUAAGAAUGAUGGAGGGCAUUGUGUUCUUGGGGACCUUCAAUGCUGCAGAAAUGUUUUGGUACCCUUCCCCAGAUCUGUGCCUCGACACAAUCCUGUCUCGGAGCUCUACGGACAAUUCCUUCGACCUCAUGGCUUGGUUUUUGCUCUGAUAUGCACUGUCAAAUGUAGGACCUUAUAUAGACAGUUGUGUGCUUUCCCAAAUCAUGUCCAAUCAAUUGGAUUUACCACAGGUGGACUCCAAUUAAGUUGUAGAAACAUCUCAAGGAUGAUCAAUGGUAAAUAGGAUGCACCUGAGCUUAAUUUCGAGUCUCAUAGCAAAGGGUCUGAAUACUUAUGUAAAUAAGGUAUUUCUGUUUUAUUUUUAAUACAUUUGCAAAAAUGUCUAAAAACCUAUUUUCACUUUGUCAUUAUGGGUUAUUGUAUGUAGAUUGAUGAGGAACAUUUUUAAUUUAAUCAAUUUUAGAAUAAGGCUGUAACGUAACAAAAUAUGGGAAAGUGAAGGGGUCUGAAUACUUUCCGAAUGCACUAUAAUAGCUCUUUCUUAUUCUAUUCAGUUAAUCAUCAAUUAUUCUGUUUAUUAUCUGUCCCAGAGACUCCCUUUCACCGGCUCUAUCCAAGGUGGGCUGCAGGAGGGGAAGACCAUCACUAUUACUGGGAGACUUCACCAUGGGGCAGACAGGUGGGUCAACACUCACCGAUAUAAGCUUUGUUAACACAUUUCCUCAUUCUUUGUCUUCCAGAGAUUCAGUGGGUGCAUUCUAGUCCAGAUAAUGCCUACUACACAUUUUCUGUGCAGAUUCUAAACUUGUUUGGAGAACUGUUUAACAUCUCCGGAACCAUAUGCUCUCUCUCUCUAUCUCAGGUUCCAUGUGAAUUUGCAGUGUGGUUCUAGGGCAGGGGCGGACAUUGCUCUUCACUUCAACCCACGCUAUGACAGUCACCCUGGAUAUGUGGUGGCCAACACCUUGCAGCAGUCCAAAUGGGGGACAGAGGAGCGGAAGCAGCAGUCCCCAUUCCAGCAUGGCUCCGGCUUCAGCCUCGUGAUCACCGUCCAGAGGGACGCCUUCCAGGUCACCCAAACCCUCCACUACUAUAGUAUAUGGAGGAUAGAGAUGUAUGAUCUUAAUUUAAGUCAAAAUAAUCCUGCAGCAACAAGAAAUGUGAAUUAUUAUGUGGAUUAUAAUUAAUGGGAUUGAUACAUUUUUCGUUAGGGCAAAUAAAGUCUGAUAUUUUUAUAGGGGAAAUUACAAACUUUAGAAGCCUUUUUAAACCUUGAAUACACUCAAAGUUAGCAUUUCCUGCUGUGUAGGAAAAUUCUCAGCAACAAAAGUGAUCAAAUUAAGAUCCUACAUCCUACAUUUUCCGUCUGUGGCUGUGUGAAUGACUGUAAAAUAUUACCCUUACAGAGCUUCCCAUGAUUAAAUGAAGUCAGUAAUUCAUGAUCUAACAUGGUGGUUCACUCGUUUUCUUGAAAUUGUAUGUUAUGUAUCUUUAUUCUCUUUUUAUCUAUUUUACAGUGUGACUCAAUUGAUUCUAGUCUGUUUAGGAGUUAAAAUGGAUUUCAAUUCAUGGGUUGGAAAAUAACUUGAAUAGUUGUGACUGACUGAGUGAGUGACACCUGUUCCCUCACUCACUGUCCUCAGGUCCAUAAUGACUCUGCUUAUGGUCGUGCUUUGUUCUCUGCCUUCAGUUGAAUGCGAAUGGGAACCAUUUCAUGACCUUCAAGCACCGUAUCCCGUUUGACGCAGUGGACACCAUCUCAGUCGAGGGGAAAGUGGAGGUGACCUCCAUCGCCUUCCAGAACCCUGCGGUGAGUAGUACCUAACAUAUUAAUUAGAUGGACAGAGAAUUUGAAGAUAGUUCAACUGAUUUAAAGUGAUUUAAUCUCCUUUAGCCCACCUUUCCUGCACAGCCAGGAUUUCCGGCACCACCUGUAUUCCCUUAUUUUCCGGGAUUUCCGGUGCAACCAGGAUUUCCGGUGCAACCAGGAUUCCCUUCUCACCCUGCAUUCCCUUCUCACCCUGGAUUUCCUUCUCACCCGGGAUUUGCUGCGCAAUCAGGAUUUCCCGCACAACCAGGAUGUCCAGUAAGUUAAUCUGUAUCUGAAUCAAUAAUGAUAAUAUAUUGGCCAACCACUUCUUGGUUAUCAUUUUUUUUGUCAGAUCUGUGAUUUCUGUAUUCCUUUCACUGUCUUUCAGAGUCUCUAGAUGUUGGUUUUAUGUUUAGUAGUACUGAUAGUGCCUGUGAUGGGGAAUUUUAAGAUCCCUAAAGUUCAUAUUUAGUUUAGAGUGAUCUACUUCCUCUUUCUGUACAGUGACUGUAUCGUUCUGUGAGUAUAACCCCUGUCAUUGUCUUUAGACAGAUUGUGACAGUUACAGUAAAUAUACAGUAACCUGUUGCCAGCAUUCUUUGUAAAUGACCUUCUACUUUCUUGUACUGUAGUGUUGCUGAGCAAAUUUAGUUAGUUGUUGUAUCGCAUCAAUGUAUAUUGGUCAUAAUGAAUAAUUUAUUCAAAUCUUCCAUUUUCAUCCAGGCUGUUCCAUACAAGAACAUGAUCAAUGGUGGACUCCACCCUGGACGCACCAUCAACAUCCAGGGAGUGGUUAACGCCAAUGCCAAUAGGUCUGAUCCUGCCUUAUUGUCUUUACAGUAAAGGGGAACCACAGUGAGAAAUUAACUUCCCCUGGAGUUAUAGGCACAAUAUAAAAUCAUAGUAUAUUUUUUUUAUGUUGUUCCCCAAAGAAAAAAGCAUAGAAGAACUUUGGCAAUUCUAGUUCACCUCAUUUGCAUUGUAUUACAAGUGUGUGUCAAUGAGCCCUUGGCUUAGAAAGAAGUAGGCCUACAAAACAUCCUGGAGGGUGCAACUGUAGCAGUUCUCCUGUCAUGGUUUCUCCCCAACACUGAUCUUAUCCUUUUCUCCUUGCUUAUAGGUUCCAUAUUAACCUACUGUGCAACUCUGGGAUUGCGCUGCACUACAACCCCCGAUUUGACGAGACCGUAGUGGUACGCAAUAGCAAGCUGAGGGACCAAUGGGGAAAGGAGGAGCGAUCUGGUGGAAUGCCCUUCAACAGGGGCCAGGCCUUCAUGGUAACUAGCCACCAUGAACCAUCCACUUUCAUCCAAGGCUGGUGUUACACGAAGCAGCUUGUAUACAAUCUCAGUUUUGAGGAUUAAUAAUGAUUUGUUGUUUCAGCACCAAGCAUGCCAAUCAAGCCCUUUCCUGAUACAGAUUUUCUUGCUGGUUUAGUCACUCAGACUGUGGCAUGACGUUCAUUAGAGAUGAUGCCGUACUGUUUCUCUCUCUAUAUCAGAGACUGAGUACUAAUAAGGCUAGUUUUGUAUUUUCAGCUGUCUAUUUCAUGUGAGGCUCAAUGCUACAAGAUAGUGGUCAACGGGAAUCAGACGAGCACCUACAAACACCGCCACACCCUCCUCCAGCAGGUCAACGUCCUGGAGGUGGAUGGAGACCUCAGUUUGACCUCUGUGAUGGUUUAGGACUUUGGGUCACAACUGUGACUCAGCCACUUGUUUAAUUUUGUGUCACCUCUGACCCAAACCACCACGUAUUUGUUAUGUGUUCUUGCCGCGAUAAAAAUUACAUUCACUUUGUUUCCUUACUGCUAGCAGUGCCUGUAAGACUUGCUAAUUGAUUAUUAGUGAGUGCUGUGCCAUCGACUUCAAGGAUGAGAAAUGUGUUCCUGUUUGUUAUAAAUCAGUCGAAAGCCAUUAGAAAUCACAGUGAUUGCUUUUGCAAUUUUUUGUAGAGCUACACAAAUUCUUAAAUCAUUCUUACUUUGUGUGAUAUAAUGCCAGAUCUGACGUUAUCUCUCAUGAGAAGUACCCUGAGGACAAUGCCUGGUAAUUCCAUACGUAGCCUGGCUCAUCACCAGUGGUCCCUACUCUUUUCUAUAACAUUUUUAAGUUACAGUAUAUACAGUAUUGUGUUCUUUAAAAAAAAAUCAAAUGUGAAAAUAUGUUGCGUGAGACUGGCUAUGCCUCUAAAUCAAAUAUGUCCAACCAUGUUUCUGGAGAGCUACCGUCCUGUAGGUUUUCACUCCAACCCUAAUCUAGCACACC